CAGAAGUAACACAUUACAGUCUGUAGUGUUCAAAACAAUCACUAUAACACAAAAACAUGAUGCAACAUUCUCUCUUCUUAUGUGCCUCACUUGUACUUGUGAUAGUCACCACAUCAGCUCAACCAUCACCCGCAACAGGACCACAAUCACCAUUGGCAUCUCCAUCGGGAAUGAAUACUGUUCCAUUGGUACCAGUGUCUCCCAACGCUGCUCCUUCACCCGCCACCCCAAAAGCUUCUACCAUUGACAUUGCUCAAAUACUGAGUAAGGCCAAAAGAUUUUCCGUUCUGAUUCGGCUUUUGAAGACGACCCAGUUGAUCAACCAACUCAACUCUCAACUCCUCACAUCGGGUUCCGGGGGAUUGACCAUUUUGUCCCCACCUGACAGUGCCUUUUCAAAGCUAAAAGGAGGGUUCUUGAACUCACUCGACGAUAGGCAAAAGGUGGAACUUUUACAAUUCCACACUCUUUCUUCCUUCAUCUCAAUCUCCAACUUCGACACUCUCACCAACCCCGUUCAGACCCAAGCCGGUGAUGACCCCCAGAGGCUGCAACUUAACAUCACCACUUACGGUGGCAGCCACGUGAGCAUGAGCACCGGUGCCGUCAAUGCCACCAUUACAGGCACCGUGUAUGCAGACAACAAGCUUGCUAUUUAUGAGGUGGACAAGGUGCUUCUUCCACUUGACGUGCUUCUUCCUAAACCUAAUAAGGCUCCGGCACCGAAAUCAUCUGCAGACAAAAGUGGUGAUACUAACAAAAAUAUGGAUGAUGACAGCGGUGUUCCGGUGGAGGCUUCUGGUGGUUGCAUGAACUUCAACAGCGUACUUGUAAAGUGGAUGUCUUUUGUUGUUGGGGUUGCUUUCAUGGGUGGAGCCAUGAUAUGACAUGAUAUGCAUGUUGAAGGCAAGAAGAAAAUGAUGAUCUACUUAUAUUUAUCUUGGUUGUAGUGUAUGUGGUUUUGUAUGCAUUUUGGUUCAAUUAUAUAUGAAUAGUUUUUUCUUUUAA